AUGGUGACCCUCAUUGGAUUCCUCUUCAUAAUAGGCAACGUGGGGCUGUUAGAGCUAUACAUUCCUGAUCUGGUCGGGCCGGGUCUCGUCCUCGCGAGUUUGCUCAUGGCAGCUUCUGGCUACUGGGGCCCCGAAACCUGGCAUAAACCAAUCUCCUCACUCGUCGGCUUAGAGACUGCUCUUGGUGACUACUCGUUGAUCGACAUCUGGAUACCACUGCUUGUUCUUAUGGUUACAGGCGCACACAUUCCAGCGUGUGUAUACAACGUAGUCAAAGCACGACGAGCACGAAACGAACCCGUCGCGCCAGUCUUCUUUGAGUGGAUUCCUUUCUUCGUCUUCGCGCUUGCGACUGGCUCAUGGCUGUACUCUCCAUACUCGACAUUGCUGAAAGAAAACCACCUUGUCCUAUUCUGUCUCACUAUGUCCUUCGUCUUCGGACGAAUGACGACAAAGAUCAUCCUCGCACAUCUAACGAGGCAACCAUUCCCAUAUUGGACGGUCAUGUUGAUACCUCUCAUUGGGGGCGGGGUGCUGGUCAAUCUCCCUCCUCUCCUGGCCUUUCCACCUGUCUCUGCGAUCACAGAGCUCUGGUACCUUCGAGCUUACUUUGUCUUCGCCCUCGUGGCCUACUUCCGUUGGGCCCUUCUUGUCACUGGCUCGAUCUGUGAAUACUUGGAUAUCAACUGCUUGACCAUUACGCCACGCCUCUUACCACCCCAAGCAACAGGGAAAGACAAGAAAGUGAAUGGAGGCCCUCCAUCUCAAACGCCAAGAAGAAGUGGUAGGCUGACCGUGAACGGGGCUGCAAAAGGGGACUAG